CUCCGUCUAGUUUGUUCACUACGAUCCCAUCGACACCACGGCUCAUCAAGCUGAACGUCCGCCAUUGAGGCUUGCCGAGCAGCUUCGCAUCCCGUGGAAGCUAUGAGCAGCGGAGUAGAAGAAGGGGGAGACUUGAUGGCGAAAGCCACCGAAGCUGCUAACAAUCUCUACGUACUCCGGGACACCUACUUUCCGCCCAACCCACAAGACAAGCUCACCAAGCUGCGCAUGGAAUCUGAUGCAGCCCUCAAGCUCCUCGACUCAAUCCCUCCAGAUCAGAGGAAAUUGCCCCUGCAACGUGCGACUUAUGAAUACCUCAGAGGAAAGAUAUUAGAUGUAUUUCCUGACUACAGAAAAGAAGCAGAGGAUCAUCUCUCAAAAGCUGUUAAGUUGAAUCCAUCUCUUGCAGAUGCUUGGCUAUGUUUAGGUAAUUGCAUUUGGAAGAAAGGGGAUCUUCUUUCAGCAAAGAACUGCUUCAAUCUUGCAUUAAGCAAGGGUCCAAACAAAGAGAUACUGUGCCAACUGUCAAUGCUUGUGAGAAAACUGGCCCAAGGUUCUGAGAAUCAAGCAGAAAUGGUUGAAGAAAGUAUAAAACAUGCAAAAGAAGCUAUCGCAUUGGAUGUGAAGGAUGGGAAUUCCUGGUAUAAUCUUGGAAACGCAUGCCUCACGAGCUUUUUUGUGACUGGUGCAUGGGAUCAUGGCAAACUUCUUCAGUCAUUGAAAGCAUACCAGAAUGCUGAAAAAGAUGAGAGAAUGAAGUCCAAUCCAGACCUUUAUUUCAAUUGUGCUACGGUGAACAAGUAUCUAGAGAACUAUGAGAGGGCCCUUAGUGGAUUUGAGGCUGCUGCUCUGAAAGAUCCUGGGUUGAAUGCUUCUGAUGAGGUCCAAAAAAUAGUGAAUCUUCUUGACAAGUUGGACAACUUUUUGAAGGUGCAUAAAAAAGCAAAACGACUCGCAUCGAUGGCCUCCUCCCUCACUUCUGUCAGCUUGAGUCCUCCAUACAGAAGGGCAAAUGUAGAUGCUCUGACAGAGGGUCUAAACAAAGCAGUAGCAGUGGUUGGAAAGGUGCUUUUCUUUGUCAAGCACGAUAACGUCGCUCCACUAUACUAUCUGGUAUGCGAUUCAAAUCAGACGUGCUUUGUCCUAUCGGUUUAUGGGAUGAGUGCUGAUGCGAUAAAAGAAGGAGAUCAACUGAUACUACUUGAUCCUAUUUAUCGGUUCGCCGAUUUUUCUUGGAGAGGAAAGUCUUACCAGUUCAAAUCGAUUCGCGUGGACUUCCUCAAUCAGCUGCUCUUGAACGGGAAGCCCUUGUCUCCUAGCCAAGCAGUUCGAGCUUCAAUCCAUGCACAGCAUAAACCAUGAAUGAAUCGAUACCUUACGGCCUAUAAUUUUAUAUUCGAAAGAGUGAAGCCCAGACUGAUGUUGCUUGAUAUUUCAGAAUUCCCCGAAUGCCAUGUCUAUUAUUGUGUACAUUUCAUAACUGGCUUUAUUCUCCUCUUUCAAUGUAUUUGGGAGUUUUCUGAAUUUCAGCUAUCCAUUCAAGAAAAUUAGAUAUAUCA